AUGAGUAGGAAUACAGAUAAGGCUAAUAGUUUGUUAGUAAGGUAUCAAGAGCAGCAAGCUGAAGAACAAAGUGGAUACAAGGAUUACUCUCGAUACAAGAGACCCAAGAAAGUGUCUGCUGUGAAGGACUUGAAAGAGGCAUUAGAAUGGAAGAGACAAGUGCAGAUAGAGAUAAAUCAAAAGAGUACUCGAAUGUAUGAUGAGUCAUUGAAUGAGUUACAGCUUCAGGAUCUGAAUGACGAGUUAAAUGAGUUGAUUAAGGAGCGAAGUCGAUGGAACUGGCAUAUCUCCAAAGAUCUGAACGGUGGGAAUCGGAUCAAGAAGGAUAAGAAGUUGGAAGACGCGACCAGUGGUAAAUUGGUUGAUGGUAAGAGGUAUUUUGGCAGGGCACUACAACUUCCCGAGGUGGAAGAAGUGUUAUUGCAAAAGAAGAAGCAGAAGAACCACCCAGACGAUGACGACGGCGAUGUCAUGAUAGACAAGAGUCGGAUACCGACGGACCACGCACAUUCGUUCUACUACGGCAGUGGUAAUGACAAGGACAUGGAUUACGAAGCACUACAACGGUAUGAGUCUAAAUGGACGGCCGUAUUACGAGGAGAGGACCAGCCAGAAGCAGAGCCGGAGAUCGCAGCUGUGGUUGUGCCCACUCUGUCGCAGAUGGAGCUGUGGUUGGUGGAGAGGAGGAAGCGGAAGUUGCUGGAGCAGCUCGACUUAUAA